UAGCCCGAAAUGUUGACUGUACCCUUUUCCAUAGAUGCUGCCUGGCCUGCUGAGUUUCUCCAGCAUUUUGAGUGUGUUGUGUGUCAAACCAUGCAAGAAUGCUGUAUUUGUGGGCUUCAGAACAAUGCUGAAGGUGCACAAAAGAGACAAAGUGAGACCAGAUCAGAUGGGAUAAGGCAAUCAGCAGACAUUGAACAUGCCUUUGCAGAUGGGCUAAUCUAGGCAAGUGUUUAUGAUAAUAAAGAUGUCAGAUAGGAUUGAGCUAGAAAGAAUAUAGGUUGAUUCCUGAAAUUAGCUAUCACACAUCUAGUGUUAUUAUCAAUAACCCAAUAGGGAAAAAAUAACCCAAAAAUGUUUCAGAGAAACAUUUUUACUCAAAGGAUUGUAAUGUGGUGACUGCAAGUACAAGAAAUAGAAUCAAAUAACGAAUGCAUUUAUGGGAAACUGAAUGAAAGAGAAAGAACUAGAAGGAAAUCCUGAUUAUAGUUUUUAUGAAGUAGUGUGAGAGGCAGCUGAUAAGCACCAUAACGGAUGGCAAAGACCAGCUGAGUAAAUGGUAUACUCAACUUGACUCAAUAAAUGCCUUUGAAAAAUGGUCACUUCAUGGACCUAAAGCAAUCUGCAUACGGUUGUGGGAGGGAUAUUUAAACAUUAGAAGUAAAAACCUAAAAUGUUCAAUUAGGUAUUUUAAGUAAAAGUUAACACUACCAAUAUAACCGUAGGAGAGAUAAUUCCAAUAAGAGGAAAGCUGUUCCUUUUUUCCCUAAAGUGCAGAUAAUUGGGUCUCAGUAGGAAACACUCAAUACAAGAACUCUGGAACUAAGCGUGUCACAGUUCUAUUUAUAUUUGUUAUAUUUGUUAUAUUUGUUAUAUUUAUUACCAGCUGACUAGAGAAUAGGAUCAUACAGCAGGGAAUUAGCCCCUUUGGCCCAACUGCUCAUGCUACUGAAUCAGAAAAACUUGUUUUAAUUGCAGUUUGAGUUUGUAGUUUAAUUGUAACAAUGAGCAUUUGCCUAUUUUCUUGUGUUCAAUAUGUGGAUCUAGAGUAGUUCUCUGCUGUCUUUAAUAAUAGUAUAAAUACAACAUGGGUAAGGAGGCUUGAUUAAUGCUAUUGUAUGUUAAUAUAUAGAGACUAUGCACAAGCCUCAUUAUACUGCUGCAGAUUGAUUUUCUCUGCUGUAUAGGUCCUCAGUGGAAAAACAUUCACCUGAACCCAGAUAUCAACUGUAGCCUCUAAGCAACUGGUAGGAAAUGAGUGGGAACUUAAGAACUUUCUUCACCUACUCAGAACUGAUUUUACACAAUUUGAACUGAAUAAUUUACAAGAUGCUUAUGGUAUAUCAGCUGAUAUACAUUUCAAAUAGGCUAAAUAAAGAACAGUGAAAUAAGAAGCAAUACCAGUUGGGAUGCUGGUACCAUCAGUUAGAGUUUUAUUUACUUUUUAAAGCUGUGUCCAAGGUUCACUUUUGAAGUCUCUUUAAAAAUACUGGAAAUACGAUGUAUCUCUCCCUCAAAUUGUUACCACAGUAGACAAAUCUCAUUUUCGUCAAGAAAGCAAGCUUCUCAAUGAAGGCACAGGAAAAAAGCCUUUCUAAAUAGAAAAAAUAUGAAGGUCGCAAUUUUUGGUUAAUGUGCAGGUAUAAGACUGGCCACUGGGCUUGGGAAACUAUAGUACAUGAGGAAGAUCUAACAGUUUUUAAACCAUAAAACUGUAGAAAGGCCAAGCAGAGGGAGAGGCAAGCAAUCCUCUAGUUUUAAAGUGAUGGAAAAGGAAUAAUGUUCCCAGGAAGAAACACUUUAGAAAGUGUUGACAUGAACACCAUAGUUAGAACAAAAUAUGCCAAAGAGUGAAAUGAGUUGCUAGGUUAUCAGUGACAAGUGUUGUUGAUUUUUGGGGGCGGGGAGGUGAAAGAAAUGGAAAUGGAAAGAAAAUGGAAAGUAAUGGCCUCUUUCCAUUUGUUUUAUUUUAGGUUCAGCUAUGAUUGAAGGUAUUAUUUAAAUAUACUAAAGCUAUCAUAAUUUUCUACAAGUUGUUUGGUUAGUAACCAGAUAGCAUAAAUUUUAGUCACUUGAGAAGGUGGAAGUCUUGUUUUCAGCUAUGGGGAUGUUCUUGGGAGAUUGAUUCUGAAUCAGAAGUCAUGUUUGAAAAGAACAAAAAACAAUGUUUUGCUGGGUUUUUUUAAAGCAGCUGUUUGUUAAAACGAGCAGAAUGUGGAAAGGACACAGAACAAAUUCAAGAGACAGAGUAGAGAAAUAGAUGAAUCACUGAAAACUUAUUUCUGAUGAACAAGGGCUAGUUUUUAAAGAAUAAAUGCUUACGGAACAAGCUUGGCUCUGGUUUUUGCCAAGCAACUACCAGAAUAUAGCUGCAGAAACUAACAGGAUUGCCAUAGUAACUGUUAAACAAACUGAUUCUAGUUUGAAAUGUCACUUAUAUAUUGUGGAGCCAUUUGCCCCUUAGUGCUCGUGUAAGAACAUUGAUCCAACUUCCCUGCUUCCACCAUCACCUUACAAAGACUUUUUAAAAAGUUUUUACCCAAUUCCCUGGCAUAGUUUCCAUACACUUUUAGAACAAUGUAUCAACAAAAAUAACGAUCUUCAUCUCCCAGUUUAAGUCUCUUUAGCUAUCACUCCUCCUGAUAUUGAAGACAUAGUAGUCAAUUGUACCACCAAUCACUUAUGAAAGGGCAGAUGUAUAGUAUUGUACAACAGCCGUUGCACGUUUUACUUCAAGUGCCACCAGGAUUGCUUAAUCAUUGAUUUUAAACUUGUAACAACAUUAGGAAUGGUUGAUGUGUAAAAUGUGUGAAACCUAUAUGUGUGUUUGUCCCAGCCUCAGAUUAAAUAUGUCCAGCCCAAAGGGGAAGAUCUGGGACUCAUCUGCACAGAGAAACACAUUGACCAAGUAUGAGACCAAGAAACUCUUACUGAAAUACAGAAAAGAGCGAGAUGAAGCAUCAAAAAAGGGGGAAGUGAACCGAGAUAAAUUGCAUGUGAUUCAGACAUCCAUGGGAAUGCAGAUCCGUGAAUUGAAGGAGAAGGUAAAAGUGCUGAACUCGGAGAACAAAGAUUUACACAAAACCAUUAAGAAACUCCAGCCAGAGUUACAACUGGAUACCAACCCCAAACUGAGGAGCAAACUGACUAAGGAGGUGCUAAAAGAACUGAAGGAGAGGGCAGAACGAUGCAAGAACCUGCAGCAAGAAAACGCCAGGUUAAAUCAGGAAAUAGAUAAUCUGACUUUGAAGUUGGCACAGACAGAGAAUGUCAGGAAGGUUUUAGAAGACCAACUCGUGACUGCACAGAGUCAGGUGAGAAGUCUGAGCAACGAACAUGACCACGUGGUAAAACUGUGGGAAGAAGCCGAGAUACAGAGAGAAAAAAUCCUGCAAAUUAAGCACCUCUUCAGACAGUCCCUCUUUAGUAAACAGCAUUGCCACCAGACCAUUGAUAAAUGCAUUCAGACCAUUGUCUCCAUCCCCGUCUACAGGCGCUUUUACAUGAGAAAACCCGAGGGGACAGUCAAGCAGCAGGUGGUUUAUCAGGAAAAGGAGAAAGUGAAGCAAAGGUUUAUAAAUGAGGCACCGGUAACCCCCAAAGAGAGAAGAGGCAACACUUCAAACAAUGCAUUGACUAAAAUCUACAGAAUUACCCCAAACUGAGACCCAUUGCAUGGAACACAAAGGGGGAAAAUCUAUAUGAAUAAAGGCAGAGGAAUUCCUCAAAUAGUCAGUACUCCUCGUGGUUAUGAGAUGUAUUUACAUCUUCUGCGUGUGCAAUAUUAAAAAUCCACCAAAUCUCAGAAAAGCAACCAAACUUUGUCUUGCAAUAGGUAACACCAAGGCUAUGGGAAAAUCACUUUAUUAUCUCUUGUCUGUAUAUUUUAGUCUUUAACAAGAAAAUAAAUAUCCUUUAAGACCAAUUAAAAUGUUUUCUUAUUAAACUGAUUAAUGUUUUUGUCUCCUCACCCCUAAAGUGAUGGUGAAUAUUUGUUAAUGGUCUAAUUAGAGUCCAUGGGAUGGUACAGGCAAAGCCUAUCACCUUUCUACUGUCUCUGGGUGAGCAUGUGGUGCAGUUCUUUAUUAGCUGAUGGGCCACAUCCUAAUAAUGACCUAAUUAUGAACCACUUACAUAAAUCUGGACAAUGCCUCACUUCUUAAUUAAGUAGAAUAUUCAGCAGAUCUAUGAACAUAAUAUAAUUGAGCAGGUUGCUUGGCCCUCAUUGCCAGGCCAAGCAGCUACAAGUACAAUGCUGACCUUUUACCUCAGUGGCACUUUCCUAUUCUUAAAUGCACGUGGCAACUGGCCUAACACAGCUUUUGUGGUAGAGAAUUUUAAACAUUUUCUACCCUGUGGGUGAAAAACUUCUUUCUCAUCUUUGUUCUGAAUAACCAAUUACUUAUUUUGAAAUACUUUCCCUGUCUCUAAACACUUCAGCCACCAGAAACAAACUCAAGAGAAUUUUAUUCAGUUCAGUGAGAACAACUUUCCUUCCAAGAUCAAGAGUGGACAGGCCAAAUCUGAUUAAUUUCUCCCCAUUCCCUCUUCAUUGCUAGUAUAGCUUUCAUUGUCUGCUGCGUCUGCGAGGCUGAGUUGGGCGGCGCCUUGGAAGUCCAUAGCAGGGGUACUCCCUUCUGCCGCCGGCGUGGGAUGGCGAGUCUGUCGGGACCCUGGGGACUUGUGGAAAUUGUGGUGAUUUCUUUUGAACUUACAGUCCUUUAACAUCUUUGACUAUUUUUACUGUGCCCAUAGUCUUUUUUUUUUUAUCAAUUAUGCUAUUGUUUGCACUGUUGUAACUAUAUGUUGUAAUUAUGUGGUUUUGUGCAGGUCUUGUAGCUUUAGUUUUUGGUCUUGUUUUUGUCUGGUGGUUUUGGAGCUCCCUUCCGGGAAACGCGCUAAGAUGGUAGCGUGAUAUUAAUAUGCAGCAGCCUCUCUGGACUCUGGAUUGGAGAUUCCCAAACGUUACGUGGAUUUUCUGGUGUAGUCUGUUUUGUCAUAUGCUUUUGUGAUAUCAUUCUGGGGGAACGUUGUCUCAUUUUUUAACUGCAUUGUAUUUGUGGUUUCUAAAUGACAAUAAACUGAAUCUGAAUCUGAA